CCUGCUGCACGCACGCACGCACCCACGCCUCCAGUCCACCAUGAUGAGGACGCACGUAUGGAUUUACCAGGCGCUGGUGUGCGCGCUGCUGGGCAUGCUGCAUGCAGGCGACUUCAGAAAGAGUCGCCAGUCUUUGCAGCGCUACGAGAAGUCCGAAAACCACCUCCUGGUGUGCGCGGACUGUCCUCAGCCGCCUCUGGUGCGGAAGAGCCGCUCGCAGGAACACUGCGCCCGUAAAUGCAAGAAGGUGAAGAAGCACUUCAAUUGCAGGGCCUUCAACUUCCACAAGCACAACAGGAAAUGCCACUUGCUUCCCUUCGACCGCUUCGGCCACGGCGUGCAAAAGCAGGCCAACGCCAACUUCACGCUGUACGAGAAGAAAGAUUAUAUAAGGGAGUGUAUCAUGGGACCCAAGGACAGCUACAGAGGGAGGAGGUCUUGGACCAAGUCAAACAUCACUUGUCAAGCUUGGUCUGAUAAUAACAUCAAUGAGCACACGUUUUAUCCCGAUAGGUACCCGACGCAAGACCUGAGGGAGAACUUCUGCCGGAAUCCCAACAACGAUCCCGGUGGUCCGUGGUGCUACACCACUGAUCCCAAUGUACGGGCCGAGGAGUGCGGCAUAGCACACUGUUCCGAGGAUGUUUGCAUGACAUGCAACGGCGAGGAUUACCGAGGAAAAGUAGACCAUACCAAGAGCGGGAAGGAGUGCCAGAGAUGGGACUCAUCGAGGCCACAUAAACACAAAUUUCAGCCCAAAAAGCACAGGGACAAGGGCUUGACGGACAACUACUGUCGGAACCCGGAUAACCGCCUCCGUCCCUGGUGCUUCACUAUGGAUCCCAAGACUCCCUGGGAGUACUGCAACAUCACAGUAUGUGAGUCCGACUCCUUCAGCAGCGAGGAGCCAGAUGUGAACGUGACGGCGUCCUGCGUCCACGGGAAGGGCAAAGACUACCGCGGAACGAUGAAUGUCACUCCCGAGGGGCUGACGUGUCAGCGCUGGGACUCGCAAUUCCCCCAUCAGCACUCGUUCAUUCCCCACCACUUCAAAUGCAAGGACCUCCGGGAAAACUUCUGCCGCAACCCGGACGGCUCAGACUACCCGUGGUGCUUCACCAACGACCCCAACCAGAGGAAGGCCAACUGCACGCACAUCUCCAGGUGUGACGCAGAGGACGCGCAGAAAACUGAGUGCUACAAGGACCACGGCGAGACGUACCGGGGCGCUUUAGCCAUCACUCGCUCGGGGAUUCCUUGCGCCAACUGGUCGCAUCACAUAAACAGCGGGGAUUCUCACUCUACACUAUCCCAUGUAGGGCUGGAGAGGAACUACUGUCGCAACCCUGACCGGGACAAGCAUGGCCCCUGGUGUUACACCGACCCAAACACGCGCCUGUCUUGGGACUACUGUAAACUGAAGCAUUGUGAUCCUGCCCCAGCGACUCCUCAUGUGAACGCCACGCUCGGCCCCCCUGGUGCGUCGACAACCCGCCCCAGGAUAUCGUGCUUCGUCCACAUUAACACCCGCAUCGUUGGGGGACACCAAGUACGAGGAACAGAUGGCAGCUGGGUCGUGAGCAUCCAACGAGAAAAGAUUCAUUUGUGCGGAGGGUCUUUGAUCCGGGAAAACUGGGUGUUGACGGACCAACAGUGCAUCACGUCCUGCGUUCCCGACCUGAGGGAAUACAGCGUCCAGGUGGGUGUGCGCCACCUCAACGAGUCUUCCCGUCAUCCCAGACUCGCCAUUUCUCGUCUCAUCUGCGGGCCGGAGGGAUCCAACCUGGUCAUGCUGAAGCUGUCAGACCCAGCUCCCGUGUCCGAGGGCGCGUCCACCAUCCAUCUUCCCGUAAAGGAGUGUCACAUUGCAGAGGGAACAAACUGCACCAUGUACGGAUGGGGGGAAACCAAAAACACGGGACAGGACGAGGCGCUGAACGGCGUGACCAUGCCCAUGAUGGACGGGGACAUGUGCUCGCGAAUCAAAGGGGACGCCGGAGACAGCAGGAUAUGUGCAGGAGGAAGGAGAGGAGAAGGCGUAUGUGAUAAGGACUACGGCGGUCCGCUGGUCUGCCAGGAGCACGAGCGCAAAGUCAUCGUGGGCGUGAGCAUGCAGCGGACCAAGUGCGCCUCGUCGCGGCCGGCGCUCUUCGUCAACGUGGCGUUCUACUCAGAGUGGAUUUACAAGGUCUUCAAGCUGUACCCCAGCCCCGAGACAAACUGACGCUGUGCUGGGGAAGACUCACUGAAGUAUUUUGUCUCCUGGAAUAUACUUGAAUACUCACCGAGUACCACGACUACAAGGAUGUGACACCCCCUCUAAGAUCCCACACAGCCCCCCCGCCCCUCCUUCCUUUGCCUUGGCGAGCUGCUGCGGGUUGUGGUGCUAAUGUUUGUAGCAUGAGAGUGAAGGUCCCUGCCAAGGACAACACGGCUGUCGGGUCUCAGUUUGGGGGAAGCGUGGCCCCUGGUGGGCCGUGUGGUCAGCAGGACAUUCGUCUUCCGUGCUCGCUCCGUCCUGGUGUACAUACUUUAUUGAUUACACUCACCAUGUCAGAUGUUAUGGGUCUUAUAGACCUUCUUCUUCCUCUCGCCGCUGACGACGUGUUUAAAAAAAAAAAUAUAUAUAUUUAUUUUUUUCUUUUGAGAUGAAUUAAGAUGAGCAGCAUUGAGAGAACUAAUAUUCCUAUCCUUAGUAUGCCAAUGCUGUCAGUGUGCUAAUCGUUAGCAGGCUGAAUGUCAACUUAUUAGCAUCACAACAUCUGGACUACACAUGUCAACAUUGCAACUGUUAGCGAAGGAGUGCACUAUCUGGCUGCAAUCCAGAUGCAAUAGUAAUGUAAAUAUUGGAUGCACAAAUGAAACCCACUUUUUGAUGGAAAUAACCCAAUCUUAUAUUUUCAAUGUACAUUUUUGCAGAAAAGCACUCCAGUCGUUUUGAGGAUCUUUUUGUAGUAGGUCCCUAAAAACAGCAGAGCAGUCCUGUCCUGUGGAGGAUCUUUGGCUAUCACUUUUGCAGUUGGUUGUCGAAAUACAUUCCACGACUCCUUUUUCAUAUAGAGGAUCUUUGAUUUGCAUUUGUACAAUCGGUGAUUCCGUCAUGCGCAGGAUCUUUGACUAAUAUUUUUACAGUAGGUUCCCAAAAACCAAGAACACUCCCUUCAUAUAGAGGAUCUUUGACUUUCUUUUUUGCAAACGGUCGUUAACAAGAGCAGAUGACUCUUUGUCAUUUUUGAUGAUCGUUGAGUAACAUUUCAUCAACAAAAACAGCAAGCCACCUUUUUGAUAUAAAAUAUCUUUAACUCAUCUUUUUUCACUCAGUCCUCAAAAACAGCAGAUCAAUUCUAUCAUAUAUUUUAAACUGUAUUUGUGCAGUCGGCCCUUAAGAACAGCUAAGUGCUCCUGUCACCUAGAGGAUCUUUGACUAUGUUUAUAGUAGGUCCUCAAAUACAUCACACCACUCCUUUCCUAUAGAGGAUCUUUGAUUUGCAUUUGUACAAUCGGUGAUUCCGUCAUGCGCAGGAUCUUUGACUAAUAUUUUUACAGUAGGUUCCCAAAAACCAAGAACACUCCCUUCAUAUAGAGGAUCUUUGACUUUCUUUUUUGCAAACGGUCGUUAACAAGAGCAGAUGACUCUUUGCCAUUUUUGAUGAUCGUUGAGUAACAUUUCAUCAACAAAAACAGCAAGCCACCUUUUUGAUAUAAAAUAUCUUUAACUCAUCUUUUUUCACUCAGUCCUCAAAAACAGCAGAUCAAUUCUAUCAUAUAUUUUAAACUGUAUUUGUGCAGUCGGCCCUUAAGAACAGCUAAGUGCUCCUGUCACCUAGAGGAUCUUUGACUAUGUUUAUAGUAGGUCCUCAAAUACAUCACACCACUCCUUUCCUAUAGAGGAUCUUUGAUUUGCAUUUAUACAGUCGGUGAUUCCGUCAUGCGGAGGAUCUUUGACUAAUAUUUUUACAGUAGGUUCCCAAAAACCAAGAACACUCCCUUCAUAUAGAAGAUCUUUGACUUUCUUUUUUGCAAAAGGUCGUUAACAAGAGCAGAUGACUCUUUGUCAUUUUUGAUGAUCGUUGAGUAACAUUUCAUCAACAAAAACAGCAAGCCACCUUUUUGAUAUAAAAUAUCUUUAACUCAUCUUUUUUCACUCAGUCCUCAAAAACAGCAGAUCAAUUCUAUCAUAUAUUUUAAACUGUAUUUGUGCAGUCGGCCCUUAAGAACAGCUAAGUGCUCCUGUCACCUAGAGGAUCUUUGACUAUGUUUAUAGUAGGUCCUCAAAUACAUCACACCACUCCUUUCCUAUAGAGGAUCUUUGAUUUGCAUUUAUACAGUCGGUGAUUCCGUCAUGCGCAGGAUCUUUGACUAAUAUUUUUACAGUAGGUUCCCAAAAACCAAGAACACUCCCUUCAUAUAGAGGAUCUUUGACUUUCUUUUUUGCAAAAGGUCGUUAACAAGAGCAGAUGACUCUUUGUCAUUUUUGAUGAUCGUUGAGUAACAUUUCAUCAACAAAAACAGCAAGCCACCUUUUUGAUAUAAAAUAUCUUUAACUCAUCUUUUUUCACUCAGUCCUCAAAAACAGCAGAUCAAUUCUAUCAUAUAUUUUAAACUGUAUUUGUGCAGUCGGCCCUUAAGAACAGCUAAGUGCUCCUGUCACCUAGAGGAUCUUUGACUAUGUUUAUAGUAGGUCCUCAAAUACAUCACACCACUCCUUUCCUAUAGAGGAUCUUUGAUUUGCAUUUGUACAGUCGGUGAUUCCGUCAUGUGGAGGAUCUUUGACUAAUAUUUUUACAGUAGGUUCCCAAAAACCAAGAACACUCGCUUCAUAUAGAGGAUCUUUGACUUGCUUUUUUGCAAAAGGUCAUUA